GCUGUGUGUGUUUGUGCUGAGCGCUGGUGUGAGGAGUGUAGACCGUGCCGGGGCAUCGGAGGGUGUGUGAGCUAGCCGCAGCAUCAGAGGAACUAGCGCACACCAUGGCUAAAGCAGGGAUGUGGUGGGCCCUCGCCUUCGCGUUGGCGCUCUGCGCGGGCCGCUCGGACGCCUGGUUUUGGAACAAGUGGGUGCCGCCGGCCACCACGGGCCCCCCCACGCCCCCGCCCACCCCCCCCAGCGAGGGCUCGGGUGAAGGUCCCGCGGGCAGCGGGGAGGAGCCUGAUGCCACUAUCUCCAGCGUGGGGGCUAAGAUCAUGGAUGUGGCCACCGGGAUACGCAAGGUUGUGCAAACAUGGGACCAGAACCAGGACCGGAUGACUACUGUGGAGCCUACCGCGGUCACCAAGCGACCGGGGGCCAUCGCCGGGGGAGCCUGGCCUGCCCAGUCUGGCCUGGAGUCCCCCCGCUGCCUGCGCCUAGAGUCCGAUCUGCCCUUCUGCAGUGGGCUGGGGCAAGAGAGCUUCGCCGUGCCCAACUUCCUGAACCAGAGCAGCGUGGGGGAGGUGCGGGCGGCGCUGGGCGACUGGGCGUGGCUCCUGGAGUCGGGCUGCCACCCCAGCCUGCGCCAGUUUCACUGCCUCCUGCUGACCCCGCCGUGCACCGCGCCCGGGUCGGCCCCGGCCCCCCUGCCCUGCCGCAGCCUCUGCGAGGGCCUGAGGGACAGCUGCUGGAGCCUCCUCAGCCACGGGCGUCUGCUCGUGCCAUGCCACGCGCUUCCCGACACGGAACGCCCGGGACACCGCGCCCAUCCCUGCCAGUUCGUUAGUGACUGCAGAGGUGAAAGUGGCGUGUCCCUCCUGCAGCUGAUCGGAGACCCUCCCCCCGAAGAGAUCACCAGGGUCUAUGGCCCCGACAACAGUCCGGGCUACGUGUUCGGGCCGGAGGCUAACACGGGCCAGCUCGCCCGAGCCCACCUGCCCAGCCCCUUCUACCGGGACUUCUCAAUGCUCUUCCACCUGCAGCCCACCUCCAGCAAGGCCGGAGUCAUCUUCUCCAUCACCGACUCCUCCCAGCAGAUCAUGUACGUGGGCGUCAAGCUCUCUGCGGUGGCGUCUGGGCGGCAGCGGGUCAUCCUGUACUACACGGAACCUGACUCGCAGGCCUCCUACGAGGCCGCCAGCUUCAGCGUCCCCUCGCUCGUCAACUCCUGGACCCGCUUCGCCAUCGCCGUGGUGGAGGACCGCGUCAGCUUCUACCUCAACUGCGACUCGGAGCCCCAGGUGGUGCGCUUCGAGCGCUCCCCCGACGAGAUGGAGCUGGAGGCCGGGGCGGGGGUCUUCGUGGGCCAGGCCGGAGGAGCCGACCCAGACAAGUUCCUGGGGGUCGUAGGAGAGCUGAGGGUAUUGGGAGAUCCCCGAGCAGCUGAACGACACUGCGAGGAAGAUGAAGAUGACUCUGAUGCGGCCUCGGGAGAUUACGGCAGUGGCUACGGGGACAGGAGAAGGACAGACACGACAACUUCUCCGGCCUUCCGGCCGAUACAGCAGCCUCCGGUCACCAGAAGAACUCACGUGGCCGUUGAUGAUUCUCGGCGGGUGGCAGUUGAUGAUUCUCGGCGGGUGGCAGUUGAUGAUUCUCGCCGGGUGGUAUCAGGAGGGCAAGGUACAAAGGGGGAGAAGGGAGACCGGGGAGACAAAGGUAGCCAAGGAGAACGAGGUCUCAUUGGUCCGAAGGGCGAGUCCAGCUCCUCCUCUGGGUUUGCAUCGCAUGGGGGCGGAGGCCGAGGCGAGAAGGGUACCACUGGGGAGAAAGGAGUGAAGGGGAGUGCCGGGUUCGGAUAUCCCGGGUCGAAGGGAGACCCCGGCCCCGCUGGACCCCCAGGCCCCCCAGGCCCCCCAGGGCCCUCAGCCGAGGUGCUGAAGAGGGGAGAUGGCUCGGUGGUGCAGCAGGUGACCGGGCCCCGAGGACCACCUGGGCCCCCGGGCUCCCCUGGAUCCCCAGGAACUGACGGAGAGCCAGGUGAUCCUGGGGAAGAUGGCAUCGCGGGUGCUGUUGGGCCUCCUGGAUUCCCAGGCAUCCCGGGAGAUCGUGGGUUUAAAGGAGAGAAGGGUGACCGAGGCGAUGUUCAGCCAGGCCCCCGAGGUCCUCCAGGCCCCCCCGGACCCCCCGGGCCCUCUCGAUCAGACAGACCUACCUUUGUGGACAUGGAAGGGUCCGGAUUCCCAGAUUUGGAGAGCAUCCGGGGCCUCCAGGGCCUGCCUGGCCUGCCUGGCCCCCCUGGCCCCCCUGGCCCUCCUGGGCCCCAUCGCGCUGGCUCAUUUGGGUCUGCUGGAGGCCCCGGGACCCCUGGUCAGCCUGGUGCACCGGGUGCACCUGGUCCUCGUGGUGCUGACGGACGUCCAGGAUCUUUAGGCCUCAAAGGAGCGAAGGGUGAAGGCGGUGAACUCGGACUUCCAGGACCUGCAGGGCAAAAGGGUGCCCAGGGCCCCACUGGUGCACUGGGUCGUCCAGGAGAGGGUGGGCUGGCUGGGCUCCCCGGACCCAUGGGCCCCGUAGGACCUCCAGGGCCCCCAGGCCCUUCUGGCUCAGGGUUCGAGGCAGGCUUUGACGACAUGGAGGGCUCGGGUGUGGGACUGUUGAAUGGGGUUCCUGGGGUGAGAGGACCCCAAGGCAGGCAGGGUCCUGCUGGCGGUCCAGGCCUUCCUGGCAAACCUGGCUUCCCUGGAAUACCAGGUUCGAAGGGCAGCGAAGGACCUCAGGGGAGGGACGGCAGACCAGGGUUAGAUGGGUUCCCAGGACCACCGGGACUGAAGGGGGACAAGGGAGAGCGUGGAGACAGAGGGGAGGCUGGUCGAGAUGGGACGUCAAUCCCAGGACCUCCCGGCCCACCUGGCCCUCCCGGACAGAUCAUCUACCAGACCGGCGGUGAAAGGACCGUUGAUGGCCCGAGAACACGGGAUGGCAAUCCUGGCAUUCCUGGCCAAGCUGGAUUCCCUGGCCCCAUUGGACCAAAGGGAGACAAAGGAGAUGCUGGCCCCCAAGGCUAUGGAGUCAAGGGAGAGAAGGGGGAGCCGGGCAUGAUCAUAGGGCCUGAUGGGAACUCACUCCACUUUGCUGGAGGACAUGGACAAAGGGGUGAAAGAGGACCUGCUGGACCAGUCGGACCACCUGGACCGUUCGGACCUGCCGGCUUAAAGGGUGAAAUUGGGCUUCCUGGUAGACCAGGUCGCCCAGGUGUGAACGGGUACAAAGGCGAAAAGGGAGAAUCCGGGUAUGCGCUGCCUGGUCCUUCUGGCCCUCCUGGACCCCCAGGGCCCCCUGGGCCGGCCCUUCCUGUGGACAGAUUCAACCGCUAUGACGAUGCACGGUUUUACCCGGCCUCAAAGGGGGACAAAGGUGAUCGUGGAGAACCGGGCAUUCCUGGAACAUCAGGUGGGAAUUCUGACGUGGACCUUUACACACUGAGGAACCAGUUGAGAGGGGAGCAGGGAGAUCCCGGGGUCAAGGGGGAGAAAGGAGAGUCAGGUGGAGGGGGUUACUACGACCCCCGCUACGGUGGUGGACAGGGCCCACCUGGGGUUCCUGGAAACCCAGGACUGCCGGGCCCCAAGGGAGACGCGAUCCCUGGCCCCCCAGGGCCACAAGGCCCACCAGGAAACCCAGGCAUUGGUUACGCUGGGCGGGAAGGUCCUCCAGGCCAACCGGGCCCCCCAGGGCCCCCAGGGUCCCCCUCACUGCCAGGGGCCCACAGGCCAUCACAUUCUAUCAGUAUCCCUGGACCCCCCGGCCCACCUGGGCCCCCCGGUUCUCCUGGACAUUCCUCAGGGGUGACGGUGCUGGGGUCAGAUUCCACCCUGCUAUCCACCGCGCUGAGACAGCGCGAAGGAACGCUGAUAUUCAUCGAGGACCGGGAGGACCUCUACAUCCGAGUCCGGGAAGGAAUCCGACAAGUCAUGCUUGGGGGUUACAGGACUUUCUCCAGGGACCGGGAGAACGAGGUGGUUGCGGUCCAGCCCCCUCCUGUGGUGCACUACGAACCGGACAAAACCGGCGCUGAGCAGGCCAACCGUGGCCAACCCCAUCAUCCACACCCUGAGGUCCCCAACAGUGAGCCCAGUCAGCCAGAGCAUCAUAACCCCCAUCCCAGCAACCCCUCCGAGCCUCAUCCCAACCACCCUGCUAAUCCUGAUCCCAGAUACCCUGCUAAUCCAGAUCCCAGAUACCCCUCUCAGCACGAUCCCAGAUACCCCUCUAAUCCAGAUCCCAGAUACCCCUCCCAGCACGAUCCCAGAUACCCCUACCAUCACGAUCCUAGACACCCCUCCCAGCACGAUCCACAUCACCCCUCACAACCCGAUCAACAUAACCGCUCUCAUCCUGAUCCCAGGUACCCCUCCCAGCCUGAACCACAUAACCCCUCCCAUCCUGACCCCAGGUACCCCUCCCAGCCUGAUCCACAUCACCCCUCCCAGCCUGAACCACAUAACCCCUCCCAUCCUGACCCCAGGUACCCCUCCCAGCCUGAUCCACAUCACCCCUCCCAGCCUGAUCCACAGCACCCCUCCCAUCCCGAUCCCAGAUACCCCUCCCAGCCUGAUCCACAGUCCCCCUCUCAACCAGAUCCCAGGUACCCGCCCCAGCCAGACCUGAGGCAUCCCCCUGUACGGCCUGAGGAGAGGCCCGCCGUCCAGCCAGACACCCGACAUCAUCAUCCUCAACGCCGGCCAAAUCCUCCAGAACCACAGCCCGCCUCCCACGAGCACACAUCAGGUCCAGGACUGCACCUGAUUGCUCUCAACACCCCCCAACUGGGCAACCUGCAUGGGAUUCGGGGGGCGGAUUACCUGUGCUUCCAGCAGGCCCGCACUGUCGGCUUGAAGGGAACUUUCCGCGCCUUCUUAUCGUCCAAGCUCCAGGACCUCUACAGCAUCGUGCGCAAGGCCGACCGUGAUAACCUGCCGAUCGUCAACCUCAAAGACCAGGUGCUAUACAGCAGCUGGGAGUCGCUGUUCAGUGAAACAGGGGGGAAGAUGAAGGAUGGCGUCCCCAUCUACUCGUUCGACGGGAGAGACAUCCUCAGAGACAGCGCGUGGCCGCAGAAGAUGGUGUGGCACGGCUCCAGCAGCAGGGGUCACCGGCAGACGGAUAACUACUGCGAGACGUGGCGCAUGGAGGAGCAGGUGAUGACGGGCAUGUCGUCGUCCCUGCAUGGCGGCCAGCUCCUCGAACAGACGCCGCGGAGCUGCUCCAGCAGACACAUCGUCCUGUGCAUCGAGAACAGCUACAUCGCACCGUCCAAAUAAUAACCACCUCCUUAACCUCUUACAGCUGACCAAUAAGGGCCUUCCCACCUUAACCCCCCCCACCCCCCUCCCCUCACACACACACACGCGCCCUUUGAACUGGCUCUGCGACUCCUCACAGCAGAGAAGUGGCCUUUCGUCCUGUCCUCCCCUCUGUAAUGCCAAAGAGAGAUGGUCUAAAUGAAACGGUGUUCACUCUGUGAGAGGUUCUGGCACAUAUUUCCUAAUGGGGUGAGCAACAGACAAGAGGAGAAGCCAGCCUUGGCGGUGUUUUAAAAAUGUAUCCGGUUUCAAUUUUGUAUAUGAAAUGGUUGUUGUUCGUGUUUUAUUUUUGUCGUUGUUACUUUUUAAGAUGUCUUUUAAUUGGUAUAUUUAACCAGUUGUAGCUAUAAUUUUGUAUAACAUUUCAGAUUUUUAAUUUUUUUUUUUUUUUUCAUUUUUAUUCUCCAUCCAAGGAUUGUGGAAUAUUGAAGGGCAGCGCAACCUUCAAAGAAUAUUUUAACAAAAACAAAAAAGCUAUUAAAAAAUAUAUUUAUUUUUCAAUUGAGACAAUUUGGGUACAAAAAGUAAAAUUUUUAGUAAGCAACAUUACAUUUGCUAUAGUCAGUUACUGAGGCAGGAAACAGUUUGUUGAGAAUUUAAAAUGUGAAUGUGCUUGCAAGUCAAUGCACCUUUAAGCAAAAAGACUGACAAGAAAUUGUGGUCAGAUAUUAGCUUCAGAUAUUACCAACUCCAAUUAUACAUCCUUUUUAUAAUAUGAGCUCCACCUUAAUAUGUCAUAAUGCAACCAAGGGUAUAGCUGACACAUGCUCCUGAGUGAAAAUAAAAAUGUAUAUUUAUAUUUUCCCACGUUAAGAGUGUAUGAGUUUCAUAAGCAGAGUAGCAUUUGGAAGGGUCAAUCGAGCUACUAAUCAGAAAGCAAAAUGUUUUAGAAGUGGUUCAAACCUGUUCCGAUCGAUGCUACUCUGUCAGUCACUGCUGUGAUAAGUGGGUUAGCGGAUGUGUAAGUAAUGAAGACUAGUUGCGUUAGCUCCUCAGAGAAUUCCCUUGGGUAACACUGACUCAGGCAAUGCUGCUGAUGUGACCAGCCACACAGAAUGAACCUGUGGAUCUCAUUUCUUUUUGUAAUCAGAAUGUGCUGUUCCACUUCUCCCAGGCACUGAAUAAAUCCAUUUGAUCUUUCACCA